AUGGAGAAAUAUAGUUCUUGGAGAGAUGAGGGAACUGGAAUCCCACCAUUUUUACCCGAAAGAACAGUCCCUAGUUCUAAUUUGAUACAAGUAAUAGCUAAGGCUCUGCAAUUUGCGGUUGUGUGGGUCUUAAGUGUAAUUUUUACACCUUUUAUAGGGUUCGAUGGCUCUUAUCAAUGGAGAAUGAAAAGUUUAUACAGUAUUACCGAAGAUGUUCAAGUGGAUGGUGUGAAGAAACGGUUAGUGUCGAAAGAAAAGCAUUUCCCCAAACCCGGAUGUUUAUAUAUUGUGAAUGCAUUGUGUCCCUUUGAUGCAUUGGCGCUAAAAGAGCUUGCUAAUAACAAGAAUUGCAACUUUAUAGUUCCGCGCGACGGAUCUCUAUAUUUGAUCGGAUUUAAGGAUUGGUACCAGUUCGCCAUUGGUGGUGGUCUUUGGGAAGACGGACAUGAAAGGUUAGUUAAGAUAAAUGACUUAGAAACAGUUUGUAGUGGGAAAGUGAAUUAUCUUUUUGCAGAAGGUACUACUUCUAACGGUAAAAGUGUUUUAACGUUUGAGAUCUCACCUAAACUAUUGGAUGAGAUCUUGGAGGUUUGUGGAUCAAAGGUGAGUUGUAUAUCAUUGAAAUUAAACAGCAAAAUAACAACUCCUUUGAAACCUAAAUCUACACUUAAAUAUAGUUUGGGUUGUAUUUCCCAAGGAGUACGGUAUAAGGUCCGCAUUAGCGAAACUGUAUCAGCAUCUCAAGCUAAUGUUAAAAAAUUACGUACCAUAUUAGUUGGGGGAGAUGAAUACAAACUAGUCGGGAAGAAACUAGAUCUUAAAUCUAAGAAGAAGUUCUCAGAAGUAUAUUACAACUGA